AUGUCUUCAUCAUCUAUGAAAACUCGCGUAGGCAUUGUUGGCUUCGGAUUGUUGGGCCAAUUCUUGACAGACAAAAUUCUUAACGACGAAAAAGCAAGUCAAAAAUUUGAAAUUGCGUUUGUGUGGAAUAGAACUUUUGACAAGGUCGAAAAUGACAAGUCCAUCAAGCCAGAAUGGUAUUUGAAAGAUUUAAACGAUUUUGCUUCCAAAAAACCAAAUCUUAUUGUUGAAGUUUCGCAUCCAGACAUUAUUGUAGAAUUUGGAAAAAAGUUUUUAAGUUAUUGUGAUUUGUUUGUGGGAUCACCCACAGCAUUUGCUGAUGAGACAUGUGAAUCGGAAAUUCGUCAAGUAUUAUCCAACACUUCCAAUGGUUGCUACGUGGCAAGUGGAGCAUUAUGGGGAGCUUUUGAUAUUCAAAAGAUGGCUCUCAUUGGAACAUUGAAAGGACUUACAAUCACCAUGAAGAAACAUCCAUCGAGUAUGAAACUUACCACCAAGGAAAUGCAAGAUAAACUUCAACAAGCCCUCAAUGAUCCCACUAAAGAACACAUUGUUUAUGAAGGACCUGUACGACCAUUGUGUCCUAUAGCUCCAAACAAUGUCAAUACCAUGGCUGUUGCAUCACUUGCAGCAGAGAAUCUUGGCUUUGAUGUUGUUAAGGCAAGAUUAGUGGCUGAUGCAAGACUUGACGCUCAUGUCAUUGACAUUCAAGUUGAGGGUCCAAAUGGUUUUAGUGUUGCAACCAAUCGAUACAACCCAGCACAAGUUGGUGCUGUGACAGGUCAAGCAACCUAUUUUAGUUUCUUGAGUAGUUUGCUGUUGUCGGGAGGAAGAGGACGAGGAAUGCAUUUCUGUUGA